GGCUGCGGGCACCUGCCGUGCGGGGGCCUCGGGUGACAUUGGGCCUCGACGGCUGGAGAGGGAGGACGGGCUCCGGAGGCUGGUAGAGAGGGAGACCUUCGCCUGCGCCCUCUGCCACCAUGUUCCGCGUUAUACUCACCCACGCCAAGAAGCACCCCAGCUUGAUCCCUCUGUUUGUCAUCAUUGGAUGUGGAGGCACUGGUGCAGGCCUUUAUCUCAUGCGCUUGGCAAUGUUUAACCCUGAUGUCAGCUGGGACAAGAAAAAUAAUCCAGAACCUUGGAACAAACUGUCUCCCAGUGACCAGUACAAGUUCUACUCGAUUAAUGUAGACUACAGUAAACUCAAAAAGGACCGUCCUGACUUCUGAACAACACCCUCACUUCCCUCAGCUGCGCAGAGAGGUCUUCCGGAAGCCGUCCGCACAAUUGUCAUGUUUAAUUACCCAGGAAGUAAACAAACUUGCCUCAGGCUGCACUUAGUCCUGUGUUUGAAAGUGUUUUGAUGAGGCUUAAUAAAUGUCUGAAAUGUGA